GACUUCUUUCACAAACUAUUCGUACUGCACUACUACAUCAUGUUAGAUCGGUCGCGUCUUCGUCGUUGUCAUUUUCAUUUCCCAGGCUGCUCGUCAGACCUUGUAAGCUAAUACCGCCGGGGAUUGUGAUCCGAGAUGCUGAGCUAUUGACUCGAUUUUGCAUUCGCCGAAUGUCGUGAAGAGUUUCCGAUGGUACCGUUGAACUCCAAAAGGCAUCCUUGAAUCUCGCCGGUCUGUCGAGCAUCUCCGGUGGAUUGUAAGAGGGUCCCUGGUCGCCGUCGUUAUUGUCGUUGCGGCUGUUGUCUUCGGCGUCGUCGAUCGGUUGGUUAUGUUGCUGAACCUGUUCAUAGUCCCCAAUGGCGUUUUCCACGGUCGACGGCAAGUAUUCCUUGUAGGUGAAGGUAAAAGAGUGGGCAAUGGCAAACAUUACCAUUUCGACACAUAUGCAAUAAUCUAUCAGUCCGUUGGCAACUUCAUCCCCCGUCCACGAACCGACAUCGCCAAUCACACCAUGUGCUUUGAGGUAGAAUAUAAGAACCCCUUGCCACCACGUGAAAAAUACCACACCUUUGAUGCACAAGAACUUCCCCAAGGGGUGCCAAUUGAUUGGAUACCUCAGUUCAUCCUGGACGGCAUGGAAGAGUUUGACGAGAGAGUAUAGCGCAUACAUAACGCUGAUAUUCAUCAAAAAGGCUAGGUAGGGAUACGGCGAUGUCCAUACAAAUUGCCCUUCCCCGUACAUUCCCAGGGAUUGGAAUAUGUAUGUCAUAAUAGUGAAUCCCGUCUUUGCCACAACAUACUGCAGAGCUCCGUGUUUGCACUGCAACAUGAAUUCAACCCCUAAUUCCCAUGGCUCCAGAACGAGACUCAGUGGAAAAGUGUGCUGGGCCAGGUGAUCGGCCAAGGCUGGAUCGUCUCGAACCUUUUUGCGGAGCGUGCGCACCAAGGCGUCUUCUCCACCCAGUAGCUCAAUGAGAUAGUAUACAAAGCUGGCAAUGACAAAUGCCUCGUAUAGAUCGCGAAUAGCAUCGAUGUAUAUCCGUGCAUGGUGAAAACGAAGGCUGAGCCAGGAUUGAACCGCGUAGAUGGGAACCAUUAGAAUGAUUCGAAUGACGUACUUUUGCACCCCGGGCAUGUACCAGUGGGUAAAAUGAAGAUAGAUCAGGCGCACCGACAUGAUAAGAGUCCCAAUGACCAUGACGCCCGCCGAGUGAAAUGCUGCCACCUCACCCUUACCGUCGGAAAGCGCCUGAUAAAUGACAAGGGGGACAAGAAGAAGCAUUGCCAGGAGAGUUGUAUUGGCAACAUGCGGACCGAUGCUUCUCAUGAUCAGUCGAAUCCUAGAGUGCUGUCGACUCUCUACACUCAUUCCUUCGUCAUUAUCGCCAACGUUGUCAUUUAUCUGAUCGGUAUCGUUGUUAUUGUUAUUUUCAUUGUUGUCGCUGUUGCCGUCUGCCAAUAGGCUCCUGGUCAAGUCGUUUUCGUCCAAGAGUUCAGAAUCGGCGGAAUCCUCCUGCGAAGAGGAAGGCGGGGCGAGUGAAAAGUUAUUCGAUGGAUGACUCGGGCUUGCCUCCCCCGACAUGAUUCACGUCGACCUUUGUUGCUGCAGAAGUUAGUAAAAUGCGACCGAUCAAAAGAAGCUCUUCAAACUUGCCCACGGUAUUUUUCUCUUCCCCGAAAAAGUAAGUCGUGGUUUCGGUUUCGGUUUCAGUUUCGUUUCUGAUUCUGUUUCUUCUUCCACCGUGAAGUCGUUGCAAUUCCUUCUUUCACUCAAGAAUAAAUCAAUCGAUCAAUCUAUUGCUACUUCUGCUAUUUCAAUUGUACAAUUGUGGUUACACUUGUGCAAAGCGUCGAAUAAUUGUAGCUCGCUACAUACGGAAGAGGAAAGAAGGUAAGCAAAAGUGAUUGAGUUGACAACAGAAGUCUAGUGGGAUCGAUGUUCUGUUGCCUCCAUGUACGGUACGUACGGUAAGGGCAACUAGGGCGAGUUUAUGUACCGUGAGGGAGGGUGUUUUCAGCUUGUCGUAUUCGGUAGGUACGGUAAAGUACGGUACGUUUCGUACAGUCAUUACGAACUUCAUGGGUACGACUAGUAGUACGAGUACGAUAGUACCGGUAGUACUCGUACUCGCAUUCAUGAUGUUGUAACGUAUCUAUCAGUUGAGAGGAUUUUUUACUGAGCAAAUCGUAAUGAUAUGUACCUAUGAUUUGUAGAUAUUGAACAUACUGAUCUAUUCGAAAGCAUUGUACGGUACGUACGGUACGUUACUACUUACUUAUUUACCCCUGCUUGUUUACUCGUACGUACSUACUGUAUCCAGUACAUAAUCGUAUGGGUUUUGUCUCGAACAAGCGCUUACUUUCUGCGCUGCGGGAGCGGAGGGGAUGGAGACACUUCUCGUAGUAUUACUCGUAGUUGGAAUGGAGUGUAUGUACCUUAUCGUACGCUAAUAUACCGUAGAAUCUCUACUACCGUACGAUGUUGAUGAGGUAAUUACCGGCAAGUAACCUUUUCCCAUCUGGUGUAAAAUCUACGAGUACAUGUACCUACAAACCCUACGUACCGUACGUUCUGCACCCAUCGAAUACAGAAAUGAAAAAUCUGCAUCACCGUCGAUUACAGUAAAAGGAGUCCUGUAACUGGUUGACGUCAACGAGAGACAACAGAAAAGAGUUCGACCCAGUGGUUGAGGCGUCCAGAUCAAUUAACCCUAUCAUCUAGAGUGCGCCAGAAAGCAAAAAUGUCUGAUAUAUCGGCAGAGGAAGCCCUGCUGAAAGCGAAAGAAAUCGCGGCGCGUUUGACCGGUGCCGUUGGUGUUGGUGUAGCGAAUGUCAACGCCACCGGUGGAGAUUCCUCGAUCCCCAACGCCGGCGUCUCCACGGCGGUUGCAACAGAAAGUUCAGCCUCAGCCGCAGCCGCUGCUACACCUUCCUCUUCGGCACCUUCGACAGCUCCGACUGCACGCAGCGAACGAAAGCGAAAACGCUGGGGUUCGGCACCGGGGGCUCCCGUGGCCGAAGCCCUUCCGGGUUUGRCCGAAGCUAAGCUCAGACAGGAACAAUUGCUGGCGGAAAAACCCGCCGGCCCUUCCACCAAGCGCGUAUGGGUCCCAACCACGAGAGAACGAGGAGAAGCCCACUUUUUCAGUUUCUUGAAGGAGCGCCUGCCGGAGUUGUCGGCUCGCAUUAACAGCAGCGAGUUCAAGGGAGACGAACAAAACGGAAUGGAGCUCGGUGGACGGGGUGCAGAGACCCAACAAAUAUAUGGAAUGCCCCUGGAACCGAUGCAUGUUACGAUUAAGGGAUCUGACGCCUUCAUCGCUGCCGCGGCCCCUCGAUUGGAAGAGCUCUUGGCGGAGGGAGAACGAGCGGAACGGGAGGGACCACCUCCAGAAGACGACGGAAAGAGGCUCGAGGAUGGCAACAAGGACAAGUACUCAUCAUCAGCCCUGACGUUAACCAGACCGUAUUACCAAGCGGAUCACGCAUCGAGGCCAAAAUCAGAGUACCGUCCUGCCACUGUCGCGCAACUAAUUUCCGGCAACCCCGACGUUCUUGGCGAUCUAGGAAAAGGUGCCGGAGGAGACGGAAAUGUCAAACUCUUGGAGGAAUCCAUCCGAGUUCCCAACGGUGUAGUUGGUUUUAUCAUUGGGCGAGGAGGAGAAACCAUCAGCUCCAUGCAGGCCCGGUCUAGCUGCAAGGUUCAGAUCCAAAAAGAGCACGAUCUUCAGCCGGGACAGACGGAACGAAUCAUUACCCUUCAGGCCGUGAAACAAGAAUCCAUUGACGAGUGCCGAGAAAUUAUAGAAUCGAUGGUCCGUGAUCGCGUUCGAGCUGCCGGUGGAAAUGCGGGGCACCGUGCUUCGAACGCCGGAGGCGGAGGAGGAGCCGAUUAUUACGGACGCAGCCCUGGGGUCGGUGCCGGGAGUGGCGGCCGGACCGACAACACCGAAUCAAAGGUCCAAGAGGCACUCGCGGGAGGACACAAGCUCGUCACGGUCGAGGUUCCUGAUGCCGAUGUGGGACUGGUCAUUGGAAAGGGGGGAUCCACCAUCAAGUUUAUUCAAGAAACGACGGGUUCUUCCGUUCAAAUCCCGCACUCCGCCACCCCCGAGAAUCCUUCCGUGCGUUGUAUUAGUAUCACCUGCCCAACCGAACAGGGAGCCGAGUCUGCCAAAAUCCAAAUCCUGAACAUUCUCAAGAACAAAAUGUCGAACAGCAACCACACGGCCCACAGUGCCCACAACAACCACGCCAGCAACCAGCCACAUGCCGCAAGUGUCCAGGUCGCCGUACCAAACAAAGAUGUCGGACUUUGUAUAGGUCGACAGGGGUGUGUCAUUCGACAACUGCAAACCAAGACAGAUACCCGCAUCGAUAUACCCCAGCAACCACCUCCGGGACAAAACGUAAGGAUUAUCACCGUCACCGGGCCUACCCAAGAAGCAUGUGAACUCGCCAAGACCUACAUCGAGCGGAUCGUGAAUGAACAAUCUUCCGCCAGCAUCAUGACUGGGUCUCCCUACAACAAUGGCAAUCAAAACCACGCGGGCAACCGCCACCAAUAUGGUGGAAUGGGCCUGGGAUAUCAGAAUCAAUAUCACAACAAUCAUCGCCACCAUUCCAAUAACGGCUACAACAAUAACAACAACAGCGGUGGCGACCAAAAUGCGGCUCAGAGCAACGAUCCAGCCUGGCAAGCCUAUUAUGCUGCACAAGCCAUUGCUAACAAACAGCAGCAGCAGCAACAACAACAGGCGGCCGCAGCCGCAGCUCCCGCUUCGGAUGCGUAUUACGAGCAAUUCCACAGGUACGCUUACUAUUAUGGGGAAGAUGCCGCGCGACAAUACUACGGAACCUGGUCUCCCCCUGUUGGGACUCCAAACCCUUACGGCGUGAAUCCUGACGGUAUUACAGCACCUCCGGUGGCCGACACUGCUGGAAAUGGACCGACACCACAAGCUCCAGCGUCAGCACCAGCGCCAGCGAAUACCGCUCAGGUGGAUACCGCUCGGGUUCGUGAUUCCAGCGUCAGAAAGGUGUCCAACCUACCGGCUUGGAUGACAAAAUCUAAAUGAUGGAAAAUAUCAGGACCAACAAAAAGACGGACAAGAAUGUCGCGAAAAUCGAACGAAUGGAUAAGAAGAACAUACGCUUUGUGUGCGCGUGAAUUAUUCAAUUUGUCUUUCGUCAUUCUUGCUCUUUCUCUCGAUGUAUGUCGUUUUCCCUGUACCUCUACCUCAGCAGCACAUCAUUGAUACCGUCCUUGAAUUGAGAUUUAGUGUAAUUGGAAACUUCGUUGGCAAAUCGGAACAAAAUUGAAAAUUUGGUAACUUAUUUACUUCGUGUGCAAAAAUCUUUUCCUAUAUUUCAUCUAUGCAUUGCAAUUUGGCAAUUUUAUUAUAUUUUGAUCAGUAUUGACUUCAGCCAAACCAUUGUUUCAUGGUAUUGAUGUAUACAGCAAUAUUCCUUAUAUUGCAGUGUCUCUACUCGUCGCCAUUGCCCUUUUUUCUCUUCAUGAUCUCUUACCAAAUGGUUUACACCCUUUCAAUCGUCAUCGAGGCAUUCCAGAAAAAUAUCGAAAUCAUUUUUGUUUUUCCGUUACCAUGGGGUACGUGUCAUCAGCCACAACUGUUUAGUUUUCGUUUGCCUGGAAAGGGAGGAUACCGUAUGGUAACUUUUUGUGUCUUUGUUCUGGUGUACCUGAGUCCUUCGAAGAUCUCGUAGUCGAGAAAGAAUUGUGUCAGCGGCAAAAGUCAACGAAUGAUGAAAGUGCCAGGAGCAUAUCACGUCAUGAGGAAGCAUUGUUUCAUCAGAUCUCACUGCUUUCUUGGGGGCAAAAUAUUCAUCGUGCCUAUUAGGUGAUUCGCCCCGUGGCGUUGUGGGGUCCUCCACAAGAACCACUUGUGGUGUGACUGCAUUUUGUCAGUAUGAAGGUGAAUAGCGUAGUACAUUAUGAAAAACUUGUUGGAGGUGCGAGCACGCACUUUCAGAUCUAGACUAAGGUGCAAGGUACAACUAUGAUUAGUUGUUAGCAUUACAAAUACUUAUCGUAUUUCACGAUGAUACCUUAAUAAUUUCCCAGAUGCUCA